AAUCAGGUUACAUCCAUGUGUUCAAAGUUUAAUCAUGCCGGGUCGUGGCAGAGAACAAAAAGAAAGGUGGUUAGCCAACGUACACACGAACAGGGGGAUCAAAAUUUGUUUGCUACAGCCAGAUCCAUGUAACUUUACGAGAUCCGGUUCUAGAAUUAUUGAUUUCGAUGAAAUAAUUACAUCAUCUUGUAUUUUACUAGUAAAUGAGUCAUUAGGGUGUGGUGGAAAUUUGAGCACGAUGUCAAGUGCUAAUGCUGAUAAUUUGGCUAAUGCCAAUAAUUCGGCUUACGGCCAGGGCAUCAAUAAAUGUUUCUACAAGUUAUCAUGGUAACACAUUGACUGAAAUGUGAUGUUAUUGCCAUUGUACAGCAAACCACGAUUAUGUAAAUGACUUGAUACCUCGCCAAGUUGGUCAAAGUAUCAAAGGUGUAAUAAAUCAUUCUAAUUCAAAUUUAGAAUAUAUGCAGUUGUCGAAUGAUGAUAUUAUGGCACAUGUGCCUUCAGUGGUUAAACAACAAAUAGCUAAGGGAGAAUAUAUUAAUCUUGCUAUUUCGUCUCCCACAUAACUCCCCUAUGGGGCCCCAUAGAGAGAUGACAGGCAUCGACCAUAGCAUAUCAUAAUGAGGCUAAGACUUAGUCUUAUCAGUCACAAAAUUUACAAUCUCAAGAAAAGUGUUAUUUUUAAGUAUUUAAGGAGUUUAAAAUUGUUAUAAAAUUCAGGAGUGUUGAGGAAUACUUUUAUUUCAGUAUCAACAAUGAUUCUUGGGUAGUCCGUUUAUUUAAUCAUAAUGAAUACACGUAUUGACAGUGGACCUCAGUGCACAUGUGCGACGGAAGAAGUCGCGCAAGAGUUGUCGUUCUUGAUUUGUGAAUAAAAUUUCACUGAAAACAUACACGAAACAUAGAAUAUUCUAUAUGGCGUUGACAUGUGCUGUUCAGAAUUGCUCAAAUGGGGGCUAUUGGCUAAAGAAAUGGAGAAAGCAAUUAUGCAGCGUUCAUGGGAGUAUUCAUGGGGAAAGAUUUUGCAAAUGUUCAGAACCUUUCAGGCUGUUCACAUUUCCAUCAAAAAAGAGUCGACCAGCUGUGAGAGAAAAGUGGAAGCAACUGGUUGGACGGUCAAAUGGUGCAAAAUUGUGGUCACCACCAAAAGAUAGUCGUAUUUGUUCAAGACAUUUUGUUGAGGGGGAACCAACACUACAAAAUCCUUUACCAACUCUUGAAAUGGGUUAUGAGGGUGCUAACCAAGGAGGGAAAAGAAUGUCCAACUUUGAAGCAACAAGACCUGUGUUUACCAAAAAAAGAAAAAUUGAUAAGUACAACAUGAGUGAUGAAUACUUUGAACAGUAUGUAGCAACACCCUUGUUCGAGGAUCCACCAGAAGAAUAUCUGCCAAAAGUUAAUGCUGGGAUACCUUGGUUUGUGCCUUUGUUGUUACUUCUUAUAGGCCUGUUUAAGCAGUUAAAACAGAAAAAUAAGACAGAAAAACUGACACAAGAUGUUUAGAGUUUGAAGGAUAAGGUCAAUAGGUUAAACUUACAGACUGUGUACAGUGAACAAGUGAUGAUGUAAAAUUCCACACUGGAUUAACUAAUAUUAGUUUAUUCAAUAUAUACAUGAUUAGAUUGCUCCACUUGUUGUUCGAAGGUGGACUGGUGCCGUGGCUGCCCUAAAACGUGUGCGCACUGUUGGGAAUGUUGUUAAAUUUGGUCCAAAGAGAAAAAUGACAUCUAAAAGCAAAUUUUUUAUUAAUGUUUAUGAAACUUUGGCUUGGUUUACUGAACAAAGAUUUGGCCAAAAGGUUCGACAUUUCAGAGUCACUUGUUUCCACAACAUCUUUAGCAUGGCUACGUGCAUCUUAUGCUAUUUUGAAAUCAUAAGUAUACAAUGUCAUGCCAAGUCCUGAUGAGCUCAUUGGAUCUAAACCCGAACGGUUCAGAAAAUUUAGUGACUUACAUUCUAUAAUUGACUGUUACACUGAGAUCUUCAUUGAGACCCCAAAGGACUUGUACUUACAGAGUGCCACCUGGAGCGAUUAUAAACACCAUAAUACUUUGAAGUUACUGAUAGCUUGUUCACCAAAUAGUUUAAUCCUUUAUGCAAGUCCAGCAUAUUUAGGGAGGACAUCAGAUAAAGCUCUAACUAUAGACUGUGGCUACCUGGAUUUGGUUCCAAUUAAUUCUAUGAUCAUGGCCAAUAAAGGAUUUAAUAUUUCUGAAGACUGUGCAAAUAGGAAUAUAACCUUGUAUGUACCCCCAAGAAGGAGAGGACAUUCACAGAUGUCAAGUGCCGGUGUAGAAAAGACCAAAAAGAUAGCUAACCACAGGAUGCUCAUUGAACAAGUCAUAAGGCGCUUAAAAAAUUUCAGAAUUUUGUCAAAUGAACUGCCAAUUUCACUGAUUGAUCGUGUUGAUGAAAUUGUUGGUGUAUGUUCAGCUGUGUGUAAUUUCAAGGAGCCAAUUUACAAAGUAUAACUGAUAAAGCUAUUUAAGCUCAAAGUGAGAUGUUACAUUGACAAUAUAAAAUGCAAGAAAUACUGUAUGUGAAAAUGACAUUAUUGAAGCAUAGGGUCAUUUUUAUGUAAUGUGUGUGUUGUUGUUUUGUACAUGUAUAUAUGCAUAUACAGUAUAUUUUAAAUAAUUGAUUUUUCAAUGAAUAAGAAAGAAUAAAAUCAUUACAGCAGGUAUUUAUUAUCUUCCCUUUUUAAAAUGAAUACCGGUACUAGCCACUCAGCUUAAAGCCACAUGCCUCCAAAUUAGCAAAAAUAUUACUGGAAAACAAAUAUUUCUACAAGAGUCAUCAAUGUCGUCUAGGUUCUAGACAAUAUUUUCACGUUGGUAUUUAUUGCCGAUAACUCGAUCCUAUUGGGCAGCGUUAAACGCAAGUCGACAAUAUUCUUGUUGGCAACAUAUAACUUGAUUAAGAUCGAGCUGAACACCGCAUGAAACGCCUAAUAAAUGCUCAUAUUUUCCAGAUAAUUACACCUGGGCUAGAUAUGAAACUAUUAUUUUCGAUGUGAAAAGCCAAUUUACAAUGAAAUCCACCUUUGAAUGCUCAUAAUCGGCAUGAAACGCCGAAUGAAUUAUGUUGACGUGAAACACCUGAGACUGAAACUUGCGUCUCCAUUAUUAUGCUUCAAGUUCAUAUAGCUUUUCAUUCGAGAUAGCGUGAAUCGCUGUAAUCAAUAUUGCUAUAGAUCUAAAUAGAUUGUAAUCAAUAUUGCUAUAGAUCUAAAUAGAUUGUAAUCAAUAUUGCUAUAGAUCUAAAUAGAUAUUUUUUCAUGGCACAGAGGGAUCAUAAUUAUGGUAGAAGAAUUUCGCUGCAGAGAAACCAAUUUGUAAGUAAUGUUUAAUUUUCAGAUCAUGGCAAGUGGUCAAGGGGACAAUUGGCUGGCCUGCAGAAUUUGGCACUUGGCCAGGGCGAAAUAUCGACGAGGGAAAAAAUUGACUGCGUGGUUGGGGCCCUCGAGAGGAAUUUAGCGGAAUUCGGCCAGUCGGCAAAAUCAAUUAAUCCCUGACGGAGUCAAUGAAUAUUCUUAAAAAAUAAUUUUAUUACAGGGUUCCGUUGAAUUAUAAAGAAUUAUUUACGACUGUCAAUAAUUACAUUUAUUUUUCAAGAAAAUACUGUUAUUUGUCGUCAAAGCUCUCAGUUCAUAGCAUUUGGAACAAUUUGGUAUGGUUGAGCGCCUAAGUAAAUUGUUGUGAUGUAUUUGUACUUUUCUUCUAUUUAGAUGUGUGGGUUCUUGGGGAUUCGAUCCCGUACUGGGCUGGUAUACGAGCUUAAGCCACUGGAAAGACCAAUCUGCACUGCCAGGUAAGGUGAUUGCCUGGUGGGCUGUUAGGGGUCUUCGAUGGCUGUCAUUCCGUCGUACCAUUGAAGCUCAAGUUCUGCUUUCAACCCCACCAGAAAUUAUUGCAAUUCACCUUGGCGGGAAUGACCUGACCUCUAAAUCCAUGUUCCAAAUCUCGUGAGGUGAGGUAUUUGCGUACAGCCUUUUCAACUGUUACAAUUAUUUGGAUUAAUAUCCUCCAGAGACGUGUGUGGCCUGGCGCACUUAAUGGCUUGCAGACCAUUGAAAAUAAAAGAAGGAGAGUUAAUCGCUGGGGGAGAUAUUUGGUUCGCUCUUCUGGCAAACAUGAUAUAAUAUCCCCGGAUAUAGAUUCAGCCACUGGGUUUUGGCGUGAGGACAGUAUCUACUUAAAUGAUGUGGGCCUUGAGUUCUAUUUAGAUUAUCUUAAGGACGCC